AUGGGCGAUUUCAGCACCGAAGACCUACAAGUGGCCAUUUUCUCGGCGGAAAAUGAACUGUCAAGGUUGCCCGAUCCAAGUGUUGACAAGAUGGUCAGAACCCUGCAGCAAUGCCUGGAGCUUCAGGAAGAGAGAAUCCUUGUAUUUACCUUCAGCAAGAGUUUCCUUCCUGUGACGGCUGCCGUUAGAAUUUCCCAGGUUGUCAGGAAUAGUCACGCCGAGAUCAUUCAAAGUCGCAGCCCCCUCCUUAUCAAGACUGCCAAGGGAAAAGUCAUCACUGUUCAUCUGAUUGGAGCCAUUGGCUUCUUCAGUGAUCAUGCAUUCUUUACAGCGGCACCCACAAGCGUUUCCAACGCUGCCAUGCACUCUCCGGAAUCGGAAAAGGUCUCGACGGACAACAACAUGUCGGGGGAACCUGAUGGAAGGGUCGCUUCGCCGGAACCAAGCGCUGGUCUUCCUCCGACCAAGGCCCCAUCAUCCUCUACGAGGACCAAUCCGGGUGUAGAUAACACCUUCAACUUGGAAGCCUUAGAUGACGAACUCCCUAACCUUGGGAGGGGACCUCUACGGAAUGCUUUCCGGCAAGUUGGCACCAACCGCCAUGAUAGAAUCGGCAGCGCUCUUGGCAGGACGCUUCCAUAUUAUGGUCCGCACCCCCUUGAUGCUGCGACUGUCGUUACCUGCUUAAGCUGCGCCAGCGACGUCACCGGGGAUGGUACGUAUGGUUCAUCCAGUACCCGUUCGGGCAAUUGCCAUGGCUCUCUUCCCGUUGCAGCAGGCAUUCCGUCACACGCGAGGGGCCAUGGAGUUGCUUUGAACAACGACAAUGGUGAAUCCGAUGACGAUCGUUUCGACGAUGCCUCAGAAGAAGAUGAUUUCUAG